AUGUUUAGCAGCGGCCUUUCUCUCUUGACCGUUACCCGUGGCGAGUCCCCAGUGAAUGUCCCGCUGCCUCACAUCCACAUCUCUUCUUUUUCAGUGACAGAUGCGGCUCUCAAAGUUUGGACACCACAAGCUCAUCAAGUGAGUUGCUCGACUGCAGAUGUUCUACUGCAGUGUCACUUCAGUGUGAUACCCGGUCCCAUCGAUCCAAACAGGCUGAAGGUCACCUGGACACAAAAUGGACUGACCAUAGCCAACUACAUUCAAGGCCAGGUGAUCAGAAGACCAGGUGUGGUCCUGAGUGGGAAGACAGUAAAGAGUGGAAAUGCGUCCCUGAACAUCAAGAAUAUCACAUUUCAGAAUAACGGCUGGAACAAAUGUGAAGUGGAAUAUGACGGAGACAAAGGAUGGGCGGACAUCUAUCUGUCUGUCAGAGUUACUCCUCAGGUGUUCUUGUUGUACAGCUCAGAGCCUCAGAGCUCUCAGGCCAAGCUGACUUGUCUGGCCACGGGCUUCUACCCACCAGACGUCAACUUAACGUUAAAGAGGAAGGAUGAGACAUUAAAGACAGAGAAGUUGACAAGUCCAUCCAAGUGGCUUCUAGAUGGAGGGACCUUCGGUGCAAGGACGGUGUCCACCUUUGACGUGACAGUCGUGAGGGGCAAUAGAGAGCUGUUCAUCUGUGAAGUGACACAUUCAUCGCUGGAUGAGCCCAUCAGGAAAUACCUCCUAAAGCCAGUUACCGAAGCUGCUUUCACAGUUUGGACACCUCAAGCUCAUCAACUAGUACACUCGGGCUCCGACGUUCUCCUGCAGUGUUAUUUCAAUGUGACACCCGGUCCCAUCAAUCCAAAACUGGUAACGAUCAUCUGGAUGUACAAUGGACGUAUGAUAGCGGGCUACAAUCAAGGGAGGGUGGAGUGGAGACACUACUACAUGAUCUUGAGUGAGGAGGAGGUGAAGACUGGAAAUGCAUCGCUGCUCCUCAGUGCCAUCAACACUGAAAGUGGUGACGCUCAGUAUUGGUGUGAUGUAGAAUAUCAAGGAGAAACAGGACUGGUGGACAUGUAUGUGUCUGUGAGAGGUAAGACAGACACCCUGCAGGUUUCACUGACUGUUCCUCAUGUUACCUUGACACUAAACUCAGACCCUCAGAGCUCUCAAGGUAACCUGACUUGUGAAGUCUUAAAAGUCUACCCAGUUGACAUCACCUUCACUUUCAAGAAGAAGGAUGAGACGUUAAAGACAGAGGGGAUGGUUGUGGAUGAAAGUCUCUUCAUGUGGCCUUUAGGCGAAGGGAUCUGCAGAGCAAAGAGCGUCUACGAGAUUGACGUGACCACCGUCCAGGACAAUGGAGAGUCAUUCACCUGUGAAGUGACCCAUUCAUCAGUGAAUCAGCCAAUUAGGACAACCCUCAGCAAGCCAGUGGCUCCAGUGGUCUCAAUGCGGGGCGCUGCAGUGCUGCAAAAAGACAGUCAGAUGGUCUGUCGGGCUGAGGGCUUCAGCCCACUAUCAGUGGUCUUCAAAUGGAGGAAAGAUGAGGAGAUCAUGAAGACAGACACCCCACAAGCAUCAUGGACACCUGACAACACCCCCUUUGCGGAGAGUUGGUAUCAGUUCACCCCACACAGUCGAGAGCCGCUGUCCUGUGAGGUGUGGCAUGUGACUGGUGUGUCCGAGAGGAAAUACGCCACAUACAGCGGCCUGACCCUGGAGGAAGUCAUUCGUGUAGCCGUCACCAUCAUCAUCAUCAUCUUCCUCAGCCUCUUCAUUCUCUGGUGGUCCUCAGUCGGCCUUUUUCCACUCAUCCCAGUGAUGGACGUUGACGGUGUAACCCUGGCCCUGCAGUGCACCCUCACAGGCUGGCGUCUCCAACUGGUCACUGUGGAGUGGUUUAAAAAUGACCAGCAGAUCUGUGUGGACAAGAAGCUUACAGAACUAGAGGAUGGUGGUGAGAAUGUCCUCAGAGACCCACCUGAAUACUCCGUGAAGCAACUCCCAGUUAAGGACCUCUGCUGUCUGGAUGGGAAUGCCCUCAGACUGGAGAUGAAGACCACAACAGAAGAGUUUGAGGGGGCCAAGUUCAAGUGCCGGGCCACCCACAGACUGACCAGGAGGAGCCUGGUGUGCGGCUUGGAGAUAUGAGAAGAGGGUGGAUGGACGACACCACACUUGAGUUCACAGGAAAUCAGAAAGUGAUCUGAA